CGGGUCGAGCCCUACGGCCCGUCCCCCCUUCCCUCGGCCGCCACCCCGCUGCCCCCCGCCCUCCGCCCCGCUGCCCCUCUCCGGCGCCGGGCCGGUCCUGGUCGCCUCGCGCGUCGGGUGGCGGGUGUGCGCAGGCGCGGCGGGGGCGCUUCGCCCCUUUGGGUGGGCGGCGGAGCCCGGGAGCGCGCGGGCGAGACCAUGGCGGGCAGCGGCGCGGGGGGCGGUGGUGUCGGGGAGACGAAGGUGAUUUACCACCUGGAUGAAGAAGAGACCCCGUACCUGGUGAAGAUUCCCGUCCCCGCGGAGCGCAUCACCCUGGGCGAUUUCAAGAGCGUCCUGCAGCGGCCCGCGGGCGCUAAGUACUUUUUCAAGUCAAUGGAUCAGGAUUUCGGGGUGGUGAAGGAGGAGAUUUCAGAUGACAGCGCCCGCCUCCCCUGCUUCAACGGAAGGGUGGUGUCCUGGCUGGUGUCAUCGGAUAACCCCCAACCCGAGGUGGCUCCCCCAGCCCACGAGCCUCGGACCGAGCUGGCGCCACCGCCGCCACCGUUACCCCCUUUGCCGCCGGAGAGGACCAGUGGCAUUGGCGACUCCAGACCUCCAUCCUUCCACCCUAACGUGUCCAGCAGCCGGGAAAACCUGGAGCCCGAGACAGAAACGGAGUCGGUGGUGUCUCUGCGGCGGGAACGGCCUCGCAGGAGAGACAGCAGUGAGCAUGGCGCGGGGGGCCACAGGCCUGGCGGCCCCUCGAGGCUGGAGCGCCACCUGGCCGGGUACGAGAGCUCCUCGACGCUCAUGACCAGCGAGCUGGAGAGCACCAGCCUGGGCGACUCUGACGACGACGACACCAUGAGCAGGUUCAGCAGCUCCACGGAGCAGAGCAGCGCCUCCCGCCUCCUGAAGCGCCACCGGCGGCGGAGGAAGCAGCGGCCGCCCCGCCUGGAGAGGGCCUCGUCCUUCAGCAGCGUCACCGACUCCACCAUGUCCCUCAACAUCAUCACGGUCACGCUCAACAUGGAGAAGUACAACUUCCUGGGCAUCUCCAUCGUGGGCCAGAGCAACGAGCGGGGCGACGGCGGCAUCUACAUCGGCUCCAUCAUGAAGGGGGGCGCCGUGGCGGCCGACGGGCGCAUCGAGCCGGGCGACAUGUUGCUGCAGGUGAACGACGUGAACUUCGAGAACAUGAGCAACGACGACGCGGUGCGGGUGCUGCGGGACAUCGUGCACAAGCCGGGCCCCAUCGUGCUGACGGUGGCCAAGUGCUGGGAUCCCUCUCCCCAGGCCUACUUCACCCUUCCUCGGAACGAGCCCAUCCAGCCCAUUGACCCCGCUGCCUGGGUGUCCCACUCCGCCGCGCUGACGGGCACCUUCCCAGCCUAUCCGGGCUCCUCGUCCAUGAGCACCAUGACAUCGGGGUCCUCUCUGCCUGACGGUUGUGAGGGGCGGGGUCUCUCCAUCCACACAGACAUGGCGUCUGUGACCAAGGCCAUGGCAGCUCCCGAAUCUGGACUGGAAGUUCGGGACCGCAUGUGGCUCAAGAUCACCAUCCCUAACGCCUUCCUGGGUAGCUCCGGUCUCUGGGCAGGCUCGGACGUAGUUGACUGGCUUUACCAUCACGUGGAAGGCUUUCCUGAGCGCCGGGAGGCCCGCAAAUACGCCAGCGGGCUGCUCAAGGCUGGCCUCAUCCGACACACGGUGAACAAAAUCACCUUCUCUGAGCAGUGCUAUUACGUGUUCGGGGACCUCAGUGGCGGCUGUGAGAGCUACCUGGUCAACCUGUCCCUGAACGAUGACGGUUCCAGCGGGGCUUCGGACCAGGACACCUUGGCCCCUCUGCCUGGGGCGACCCCGUGGCCCCUGCUGCCCACCUUCUCCUACCAGUACCCGGCCCCGCACCCGUACAGCCCCCAGCCGCCACCCUACCAUGAGCUCUCAUCCUACACCUACGGCGGGGGCAGUGCCAGCAGCCAGCACAGCGAGGGGAGCCGGAGCAGUGGGUCAACACGGAGCGACGGGGGGGCGGGGCGUACGGGGAGGCCUGAGGAGCGGGCCCCCGAGUCCAAGUCCGGCAGCGGCAGUGAGUCCGAGCCCUCCACCCGGGGGGGCAGCCUUCGGCGGGGCGGGGACCCUGGUGGGGCUGGUGACGGGGGCCCACCCCCUUCCAGAGGCUCUUCGGGGGGCGCGCCCAAUCUCCGAGCCCACCCCGGGCUGCAUCCCUACGGACCACCCCCUGGCAUGGCCCUCCCCUACAAUCCCAUGAUGGUGGUCAUGGUGCCCCCACCCCCACCCCCCGUGCCUCCAGCAGUGCAGCCCCCGGGGGCCCCUCCGGUCAGAGACCUGGGCUCUGUGCCCCCGGAGCUGACCGCCAGCCGCCAGAGCUUCCACAUGGCCAUGGGCAACCCCAGUGAGUUCUUUGUGGAUGUUAUGUAGAGCACGUGGCGGGCCUGUCCAGUCAGCGCUUGGUGCUUCUGUCCUGUGCCGGGGGUCUCGUCCGUCACGUGCCUGGCACUCCUCUGGCUCAGCUCAGCCCGGCCUGUGGGCUGCUGGGAGGCGGCCGCCCCUGGGACUCUCACCAGCAGUGCCUGGUUCCUCCCCUAUCCCUCCGGGGGUGCGCAAGGGACCUUGGGUUAUUUUUAGCUUUACUGUUUUUGUACGCCUUUUGGGGGGGGGGGUCGAAGUAGACUUUCGUACGUUUUUUGGACUAUUUUUUUAGUAGAUGUUUCUCUUUUUAUACGAAGAACCUCUAUCUCCUGGGCCCUUCCCAACCCGAAAUGUGACCUCCUCCUCUGUCCGUCCAACUCUGUCCUGUGCAGGGUAGCGGUGGUCAGCGGUACCCUGGGAGGAGGAAGGGCUGGGCACCCUAGACAGCAAAGGAAGGUGGGGUGUUCGGUCUCGGGGGCCCGUGUAGCUACUUUUGUUACUCUAUUUAUUUAGUCACCUGUAUAAGACACCAAAUAAAGCAAUAGAGGCCAA